AUGAAUAGAUAUACCUUAGAGCAGCAUAAUCGUACUGAUAUAGUGUUGUCUCUCCUAGGGCAGCAGCAGCAGUUCCACUUCGCGUUUGGUCAGCGGCCGUUUCCGUUUCCACCUGAUCCUCUAGGCGGAUUUCGUAUGCCUCCCAUCACGACAUGUCAAAAUAUGAGUCAGUUUGGAUUAAGUUCAAGCAAUACCCACUGGGGCUAUGGCGGUGCAGGUGCGUACCCUGCGUACUUACCAUCAUGUGCAGCGCCUACUGCCACCCAAUUUAACCCACCAGCUCUUGGCUUCGCCGGGACUGUUCCAGAACAGGCAUCCACACAGGACUUCACAAAUAAUACAGUUUUGCCAGAUACGACGGGAGUUGACCUGGACCAGCAGCUAUCUGGUCUAGUAAGUUCGUCUCCCUCGCACCACGGCAGCCUUCUACCUCGUUACAAUAACAACACAGACUACGGUCUUUCUACGGGGCCACGGUCAUUAAGCGACAAUAGUUCUCAACCCGAAUCACCGAUACAAGACGACCUGCUAACUUCGAACACGACAAACAUAGGGCAUAACACGAAUAGUUCCAACUUUUCCCUAAUGGGCUCUCAAAACUCCACCUACGGAAGUAGUAACUGUAACAAUUCGCUCUACCCUGUCCUCCCGGCUAGCCUCCUAUACAGCCAGUUGUAUACCGCCGCGAAUCAAACGCACAAUUUUCACCCAUUACACUCGAACACAAUACAUUCAACUCAGAGCCACAAUGAAUUGCAGACUAUGAUGGAUCAGAUAUCGUCGACGACGAAUAAUCAUAGACAUAAUGGGCAAGGCGAUUUAUUGUUGGGCGGAGGCAACUCUUGUGCUGCGGCUGCGGCGAGGGGUGAAGAUGGGAGAGUCAACAAUCUUGGACAAAGGGGCAAUCCUCAACCGGAUAGUAAUACUGUUUGGAGACCCUAUUAA